AUGAAUCAGAACUCUAAGACAGAUAGCAUAGACAUUUCCGACACGGAGAUAGACUGUUCUAUAGGAAAGGGGUCAUCAAUGAGCUCUAUAGAGGGGCAUGUCCUGUUUGGCAGAAAGACCCCUGCAUUUGGAAAGAGGGUAUACAAGGUAGCCAGAUGUUGGGUGGAUAGAGCAAAGUUGUGGAAAUACAAUAUUCUCUCAGACAAAAAAAGCGCGUGCCCUGGCACAGACGGCGCUUUCUGUGCGGGCCCGGUGAAAGCUGAUGGAGCUGCAGCGGAGAAGAGCGAGAAAAUGGAGAAAGACAGCUUGCACCCUAUCUGGCUAGGGUCCUUCUACAGCAGGAAGCAGUAUCUUUUGCUGAAGUACAGGCUGAUGGUGCAAAAGAUGCAGAGCCCCCUUUCAAAGUCGUUCUACUUUUCUACAGUGUUCAGCACAACGAUGUGCAUGGCAAGAAUAAUGAUGAUGUACAUUUUCCAGACGAUAGAGUACAAGUUUGAACCAAAGGUUCUGUACAGGAUCCCUAUUUUCUACACACAGAUUGUCGACAUAACAAUAACGUAUGUGUGCCUUCUCUGCGUGUUCUACGUGUCCAAGCACAGGCGGAUUGAGCGAGUCAUCAAGAUUGGCCUAACAGUGGCCCACAUCCUCUUUGUGGCCCUUGUUAUGUGCAUUGUCAACCUAGACCGCGCCUCCCUGUUCAAACUAACCUCCACAGUGCAGACAGUCUUCAGCCUUUUGGGCGUGUUUCUGGCAGCCAAAAUGUGCAGGUUCUUCUCGAGGCUGCACCACACGGUCUAUGUGGCAGGCGUGGCCUUUCUGUUCUACUACAUGCUGGCACUGUAUGAGCUGUGGAACAUAUGGAGCUACGGGAUGCACACCAGCGAUGGCAGCUUUGUUUCUCUGCGUGAGACCUACACCAAGAUGUCGAGAUCUUUGUCGGACUACGGCAUGUUCGGGUCACUGUUGGAAACCCCAAGAACCGACCAGAUGAAGCCCAAAGUGAUCGAGGAAAUAAGCAAGAUGUACCUCGUCAUGUGCAAAAACCUCAGAGUUUCGCUUGUUCUGGCGGUUUCUGCGUUUUUCACGUGUCUGUGCAUCAUUGUCAAAAUUAAGAAAAAGGACCCCUUGCUGGCCAGCAGGAAGGCCCACAGAAGAGAGUUCAACCUCUUUGGCACACUCGGCCGGUUUCUGCUUAUGCAGAUGUGCUUGUGCAUUUCUUGGGUUUUCAUUCUGUCUGUGGCUCUUCUAAAUAUACACAAUGUGGCUUCUAUUUCUCUGCGCCAAUAG